CAUCAUGAAUGAAUCUGCCUCUAGUGGAAAUGGUCAAGAGUUUGAUGUAUUUAGUGCUAUGGACUGGAAGGAUGGCAUAGGUACUCUGCCAGGAAGUGACCUAAAGUUUAGAGUGAAUGAAUUUGGGGCCCUGGAAGUGAUUACAGAUGAAAAUGAGAUGGAAAGUGUUAAAAAGGCAACUGCUACCACAACCUGGAUGGUUCCAACUGCUCAAGAAGCCUUUUCAGAAAAGACAGGGAUCCCCACAAGGUUGAAGGAAACCGCAAAAAUGGACGGACUUGUUUUCUGUGAAAACUGUUACAGCUAUGGUACCAUAGAAGAAUUUGUUCCUGAAGGGAAAUUUUGCAGCCAGAAAUGUGCCCAGCAAGUAAAAAACAAAGAACCAAAGGAGGAAAAUCCCAGCAUGGAAUGCAAUGGGGAAGAUGAUUCCAAAGGCAUUCGGAAAAGAAAAGCAAAGUUACCUCUCAAAGAAGAGUCCAGGGAUAAUGGGGAGAAGAGAGAGAAUGCUGAUGAAACUGAGGACAAACCUGAAGGAAGGAUCUUGAGAGUGUCACAGAGAGCCAGGAGGAAAAGAAAAGGGGAAAUAACAGUUUUGAAACAAACUGUACCCUGUAAAGGAAGGCAAGUGUGGUGUUGGGCAUCCUAUCUGGAGGAAGAAAAGGCUGUUGCAGUACCUACUAAGCUUUUUAAAGAGUAUCAAUCUUUCCCGUACAACAAAAAUGGAUUCAAAGUGGGGAUGAAACUGGAGGGCGUAGAUCCUGAGCACCAGUCGAUGUACUGUGUUCUCACAGUGUCCGAGGUUUGUGGCUACAGAAUACGACUCCAUUUUGAUGGAUAUCCAGAUUGUUAUGAUUUCUGGGUGAAUGCUGAUUCUUCAGACAUUCAUCCUGUUGGAUGGUGUGAGAAAACAGGUCACAAGCUUCAUCCACCUAAAGGAUAUAAGGAAGAAGAGUUCAGCUGGCCCUCGUACCUAAAGGCAUGCAAGGCUCAAGCUGCUCCUAAGUCACUGUUUGAAAACCAGAAUGCAACAGUGAUUCCGUCGGGAUUUCGAGUGGGGAUGAAGCUGGAAGCUGUAGACAAGAAGAACCCGACUUUCAUUUGUGUUGCUACGGUAACAGACAUGGUGGACAAUCGUUUUCUGGUUCAUUUUGACAACUGGGAUGAGAGUUAUGACUACUGGUGUGAGGCAGCUAGCCCACAUAUUCAUCCUGUUGGAUGGUGUAAAGAACAUAAAAGAACUCUCAUCACCCCACCAGAUUAUCCACAUGCUAAACAUUUUUCUUGGGAGAAGUAUUUGGAAGAAACUAGUUCAUUACCUGCACCUGCAAGGGCUUUUAAAGUGAAACCUUCUCAUGGCUUUCAGAAAAACAUGAAACUUGAAGUGGUUGACAAGAGAAAUCCAGUAUUUAUCAGAGUAGCAACUAUUGUAGAUACUGAUGACUACAGAAUAAAAGUCCAUUUUGAUGGCUGGGAUAGUAUUUAUGAUUAUUGGACUGAUGUAGAUAGCCCUGAUAUCCAUCCUGCAGGCUGGUGUACAAAAACCGGACACCCUCUUCAGCCCCCACUUAGUCCCUUGGAAUUGGUAGAAGCUUUAGAGCAUGGAGGGUGUCCCACAGCAGGAUGUAAAGGAGUUGGGCAUGUUAAAAGAGCAAGACAUAUUGGCCAUCAUAGCGCAGUCACCUGCCCGUAUUCAGAGAUGAACUUGAACAAAGAAAGCCUCUUACCCGACCGGUUGAGCGGGGAGAUGCCUGCAGCCAGUCCUGUCACCAGGAACCGAAAAGUGGAAUCGAGUGAAAGAUCCACCUCUCCUGUAAUCAAGUAA